GAUGUUUCCUUUCCUGAGCUUUAACAUCACCGGCCUCAACCCCACGGCCCACUACAACGUCUUCGUGGAGGUGGUGUUGGCGGACCCCAACCACUGGCGUUUCCAGGGGGGCAAGUGGGUGACCUGCGGCAAAGCUGACAACAACAUGCAAGGCAACAAAGUGUACGUGCACCCCGAGUCGCCCAACACCGGGGCUCACUGGAUGAGGCAGGAGAUUUCUUUCGGGAAACUGAAGCUAACGAACAAUAAAGGUGCUAACAACAACAACGCACAGAUGAUAGUACUGCAAUCCCUACACAAGUACCAGCCCCGGCUUCACAUUGUGGAAGUGACUGAAGAUGGUGUUGAAGAUCUGAAUGAUUCCUCAAAGACUCAAACAUUUAUUUUCCCUGAAACGCAGUUCAUAGCAGUUACAGCAUAUCAAAACACUGACAUUACCCAGCUCAAAAUUGACCAUAAUCCUUUUGCAAAAGGCUUCAGAGACAACUAUGACUCCAUGUACACAGCUUCAGAAAAUGACAGAUUAACUCCAUCUCCCACGGAUUCUCCUAGAUCCCACCAGAUCGUCCCUGGUGCCCGAUACAGCGUGCAACCGUUCUUCCAAGAACAGUUUGUCAACAACCUGCCCCCAGCCAGGUUUUACAACAGUGAGAGAACCGUCCCUCAGACAAACGGCUUGCUCUCCCCGCAGCAGAAUGAAGAGGUGGCCAGCCCUCCUCAGCGGUGGUUUGUUACGCCUGUACAGCAGCCCAGUGCCAACAAACUGGACAUGAACUCCUACGAGACGGAGUAUUCUCCUAGCACCUUGCUCCCUUAUGGCAUUAAAUCCCUCCCCCUUCAGACAUCCCAUGCUCUGGGGUACUACCCUGACCCGACAUUUCCAUCCAUGGCAGGCUGGGGGAGCAGGGGCUCUUACCAGAGAAAAAUGACAACAGGAUUACCUUGGACCUCCAGAACAAGUCCUUCAGGUUUCUCCGAAGACCAGCUUUCUAAGGAGAAGGUGAAAGAAGAAAUUGGCUCAUCCUGGAUAGAGACUCCACCCUCCAUAAAGUCUCUAGAUUCAAAUGAUUCUGGGGUCUACACGGGUGCUUGUAAGAGAAGACGGCUAUCCCCUAGCACUUCCAGCAAUGAAAAUUCCCCAACUAUGAAAUGUGAGGACAUUAAUGCUGAGGACUAUAGCAAAGACACUUCAAAAGGCAUGGGCUACUAUGCGUUCUAUACUAGUUCUUAAAGCAUCCUUUUAUUCCAAUUGGCUAAUUUUUUUUCAGGGUGGCCUUGGUUUUUUUGCAUUACAAUUGCCAAAAACACUCUUGCCUUCCACCUUGAAUUGUUGUGUGCAAUUCUAAAGAAGGUGCCAAAGCUUUUUGACUGUUGCAGGUAACAAAGGAGGGAAAGAGCAAAAAAGAGCAAACUAUGGUAGAAUUCUUCCCCUCUUUUAGAAGGAACCACAUGUGGAAGCUGUAAGCAGGAGCCUAGAUUUUUUUUACAAUGUGGCUUAUUUAUUGGAGACACUAAAGUGUACAGUUAGGCUUGGCUCAGAGGCCUGAUCAAAUCUAUGCACUCCUGAGCAAGGAAAUAAGGGGGUAGGAUCCCAAAUUUAACUUUCUUCCCUGCCUGCCCCUCAGAUAAAGGGGGGCUGGGUUGCGGGGAGCUGCACAAAUGCUAUGUUCUGCUUUAGACUGAGCUGGCUUCUUCAACCCUUGUCUGCAGCACAGUUGGCCGAGUUGGAUAUUGCUCGGCUGAGGCUUUCUUUGGCAGAAGAUGGCCAAAAUGAGGCCUGCUUGCCAGGCAGGAUUUUGACUUGAAGGUCUUUUUGCUAACGAUGGGGUUACAAUGACCAAAUCUGACUUCUUAGUUUAGAACUUGCAUUACAAAAAAACAUGCCUCCAUCCCAAAAGCCUAACCUUUAUUGAGGUGGCCAAAAACAAAGUGUACAGUUGUGUUUUGUCUAGGUACACUGUAGAAUAUUGUGGAAUAAUGUAUAAAUAGUUGACCUAUAGCUGUUCAGUCAGAAGGACCUCUGGUGGUGCUUUGAAGUUCAAAAGGCUUUUUUUUUUUUGGUUAAUCAAACCUAGCAUAUGGAGCAUUGCGAAAAACAUGAACGGAUUUCUAUUUACGUGUACGUAAAGUGACUUUUUCAGCUGCCCUGUACAAAAUGAAGUGAUGUAACUUGCCCACUCUUCUUGCCUAUAGUUUCAGCCAUUUUAAACUGAUCAGCCCUAGAGCACUGGCACACAAACUCUUCUCCCAACAAAACUUGGUUCCGUUUUCUUUUUCUAUGUACAUAGUAGUAAUUUUUAAUAAAUGUGGUGGUGCCAGGGACAAGAGUGGGGGUGGCUCUCUGCCUCGUCUUUGCCUCUACUGGGUGUCCCAGCUUGGGGGAGGAGGAGGGAGCACAAUCUUUGGGGGCUGAGUUGUCUCUAUAUCUAGACAUGCCUUGCAAAGUUUCUCCUUGCUGCUUUAUCCCUUGCACUGUGCCCAUUUGGACGCUG